UAUCUUAAAGCGUAUUAGUCGUAGGAAUAAGAUCUAUGUGAUCGCAUCGUGUUACUUUCAAAAAUUUUUACUUUUAAAUUUACGCACCAUGAUACUACUUCGUUCGUUGUUAUUGAUACUCGUGCUGUUGUUUUUCAUCUUCUUAAUUGUUGUGCCUGUCCGUUUUGUUAUAAGAUUGCAACGGAGAAAGAAGCGCCUUUUGAAAUACGUCGGUCAUUUACCGUCGACAGAGGGUUUACCAAUCAUUGGAAGUGGCCUAAGAUUCGUUUGGAAAAAUAGCGAAGAAGUAAUGAAGGAUUGCAUUGAGUUUAUGUCCAGCCAUAAAACUCCAUUCUACGCUUGGAUCGGUAGAUAUCUGCUAAUUGUUGUCGAUAAUCCGGACGACGCAUAUACUGUUCUGACAUCGAAAUCAUGCAUGGAGAAAUCUGCCACUUACAAGUUCUUUAAACGUGUAGGUCUACUUACCGCUCCAGUUCACAUUUGGAAGCCGAUGAGGAAACUACUGAAUUCAGCAUUUAAUCUACGUAUUCUGCAGUCGUUCGUUCCAGUUUUCAAUGAGAAAUCCACCUACUUGAUUAAGAACAUUGAUCGUCAAGUGGGCGAGGGGACAUUCGACAUUCUUAAGCUGUUACACUCAUGUACGCUGGAUAUGAUCUGUUCAACAACACUCGGUGUGAACUUAGAUUCUCAAAGUGGAAAAAACGGCGACUAUCUUUACGCAUGGAAAACUGUACUGGCCCUGAUAUGUAAGCGUAUGGUUAAUGUGUUCCACUAUUCCGACUUCAUAUACAAAAGAUCGAAGGAAUUUCAAAUGGAACAGAAAUACAACGAGGCUAUGGAUGCACUGCCUCAAAAGAUUAUCGAACAGAAAAAGGAAGAAUAUUUCGUCGAGAACCCAACACAUCUACCGGAAGAAUUACCGGAUGCAAAUGAGGACGAUGACGGUCUAGCGUACGAUAAACCACAGAUCUUUAUUAAUAAACUGUUCCGAUUGUAUGGACGCAAAGGUAUCGACGAAAAGGGCAUCCGUGAUCAAGUCAAUAUGAUGAUCUUUGCUGGAAACGACACUUCUGCUUUAACGACAGCACAUGCCAUCUUACUGUUAGCAAUGCAUCCAGACAUUCAACAACGUGCUGCUGAAGAAGUCGACCAAGUAUGCGAAGACAUACCAAUGGGCGCUCCCUUAACAUACAAUCACGUGACGAAAUUGGUAUACGUUGAGCAGGUUCUUUACGAAGCUAUGCGUUUGUAUCCGAUCGCUCCGUACAUUUUUCGACUAUGCCAAGCUGAUACAAAAAUAAGUAAGUGCACGAUACCACGCGGCACAACGGUUGCCGUUUCCGUGUAUGAUAUGCAUCGAAAACCGGAAAUUUGGGCACGACCGAACGACUUCCAUCCGGAUCACUUUCAUCCGGACGAAGUGAGAAACCGCAACCCGAACUCAUUUGCCGCAUUUUCUCUCGGCCCGAGAAACUGCAUCGGCAUGCAAUACGGGAAAAUUUCGAUGAAAAUUAUGGUCGCAAUGAUGCUACGUCAUUUUCGGUUCAGUACACAUUUAAAAAUGAGCGAUAUUCGGCCAAAGAUUGAGAUAACGUUGAAGCUAGCUUGUGGUGAUCUAGUUCAAGUGGAACGACGAUGUAAAAUGGAAAAGACUCCCAGGUGAUUCAUUAGUGGACGGUAGAAAGAGCCACACGUUCAGUAUGUAAUGUUAUGUCAGUAACAAUGUUUUUGUUAUUAAAUUCAAUGGAUUAAAGACUCGGUCGAUAGAGUUGUAACUG